UGCAUCUAGAAUGCAGCACGAAAGCUCUGUACAGAUCAAGACAUAUGAGCAUGAACACAAUUGUUCUAGAAAGUUUGAGUCAUGCAUGUUGAGCGCUAAGUACUUGACCAAGCGCUUCAUGGAAAGAAUCAAGCUAAACACUGGAUGGAAGACAGAGUCUUUGGCUCAGACCAUGUCUUCGGAAGUUAGAGUGAAGGUCUCCAAGCAGAUGGCAUAUAGAGUGAAGAAGGCAGCCAUUUUGGCGUUGGAGGGAACAAUUAAGGAGCAGUAUGCAAGACUUAGAGAUUAUGGGAAUGAGCUUAAAAGGGUGGACCCCUCAACAACCAUUGAUAUUAAGUGUGACUUCAACAACUCUAACAAGGAUCCGGUGUUCAAGAGGAUGUAUAUUUGUCUUGGAGCUCUGAAAAAAGGAUUUAAAGCUGGUUGUAGAUCUGUGAUUGGCUUGGAUGGUUGCCAUUUGAGGUCUGCUUUUGGUGGCCAACUAUUGAUAGCUGUGGGAAUAGAUGCCAACAACACCACUUGGGUAAUUGCCUAUGCCAUGGUUGAAAUGGAGAGCAAAGACAGUUGGAUUUGGUUUUUAGAGCUUCUAUGCAAGGACCUCAGUAUAAGGGAGGAUGGAGCAGGUUGGACUUUCAUCAGUGAUAAGCAAAAAGGGCUUCUCCCUGCUUUUGAAGAGGUUGUGCCAUCUGCCCACAUUAGAUGGUGUGUUAGGCAUAUGUGGACUAAUUUUACCAAGUUAUUUCCUGGGAAGGUAUUGAGGGAUCAGAUGUGGGCUUGUGCAAAGUCAACUACAAUUCCUUUCUUUACAAAAGAAUUGGAUGAGAUGAAGCUGCUCGAUAAUGAAGCAUACAAAUGGAUGAUGCAUGAGGACAGGCCGGCCAAGCAUUGGUGUCGAGCACACUUCAACACAUGUUCGAACUGUGACAUUAUGAUCAACAAUUUAUGUGAGAGCUUCAACAGUUACAUAUUUGACGCUAGAGGAAAGCCACCUGUUACUAUGUUUGAGGAAAUUAGGGGGAAACUUAUGAAGAGGAUACAGUUGAGAAGGGAAAAGAUGCAAUCAAUGGUGGGAAAUAUAUGCCCCAAGCCGAGAGAUAUACUAGAAAAGAACAAGGUGAAGGCUGCCACUGAUUGUAUUCCAAAUCUGAAUGGUGGUGACAUUUGUGAGGUGGAGAAUAUUGAAGGCUCAAAGAAUGUGGUUGACCUCAAUGAAAGAACCUGCACAUGCAGAAGGUGGGAAUUAAGUGGUGUUCCUUGCAAGCAUGCAGUCUCGGCUAUAUACCAUAAGAGGCAUAAUCCGGAAGACUAUGUUGCUGAUUGUUACUUGAUCAAGACUUACAUGUCUAUCUAUGACAAUCUAAUCCAACCUAUUAAUGGAAUGGAGAUGUGGAGUAGAAAUGAAGAGGCCUGCAUACUUCCUCCACAGUAUUCAAGACAGCCCGGAAGGCCAAAAACAGUACGGAGAAGGGAUGCAUCAGAGAAGUUGGCUGGAAAUGGAACAAAGCUUGGAAGAAUCCAAAAGUCACUUAAGUGUGGGAACUGUGGAAGAGUUGGCCACAACGUGAAAACAUGUCACAGGCAUCUUCCUCCAAAGGAUAAGAAUGCUGCAAAUAAGAAGAGGAAGAGGAAGAUGAACAGUGGAGAUGCUUCUUCAUCUCAGCCUAAACCUGGAAAAAGGCCACCAUUGAGUAAAAAUGAAUUGAGGAAAAAGCAUUUACAAGUGGCAGAAUAUCAAAGGAAGAAGAUGGCUGAAUUGAAGGCAUCAAGGAAACAAGGAGCCAAAGCUACUGCUGCCACAACUGCCAAAGCUGCUGCCACAUCUACCUCAACAAGCACAAGGCCUCCAACUUCAACCAAAGCAUCAAAGGGUCAAGCUCCAAUAGCUUCCAAAUCAUCUCAAAGGAUCAGGGACAAUUUGUCCAACCAUGUUUUGUGUAACUUGGUUGGUAGCUCUAAUGCCCUUUUUGUUAACAUGAUUAGAGCUAUUUGAAAUGCAAACCUAUGUUAUGUUGCAAACACAUUUGAGCUGCUAAGUCUUUUGGAAAUUUAAGAAACUUUCAUG